AUGGGCCCCUCCAUCGAAUCGGUAGUUGGCCUGUGCCACAAGGCCACGGUCCUUGGCAACAAGAUAUCCAUCCACAUGCUCGAGUAUGUAGGAACCGUCGAGAAGCAUGGUCAUCAGUUCGACGAGCUAGCACAUGAUUUCCUAGAGACAUGCCGGAUAAUGUGGUCGCUCGAGGCUGGCUUGGCUGAAUGUUCUAGGAGCAAUCAGAGGUUCCCGCCCGAGAUGAUUACGGAACUCGACAAGAAAUUCAGAGCUGCCAAUAACGACUUCCAAGUUCUCGAUCAUAUGCUAGGUCGGCUUCUAGAGUACGAGAAGAAGGGUACUAUGGGAAAGAUCCAAAAAGGAUGGCGCAAGAUGUUCGCCGAUAACGACGUCGAAAAAAUGAAAGACAACCUCUCCAAGACUCGCGAGGCCUUGAGGAUGAGCGCUCUCGUCUUCCAAUGGUCCCUCGGGGAUGCUAAGAUAGAUGAGUCUGUUGGGAUUGGAUACACAGGUCUUGCUGCCGCUCUAGAACGCAUGACCAGGAAUAAGAGUGCGGGGAGCAUUACAAGAAUAAAGACUCACAGCAAUAGCACCAUUGUUAGUCACCAAGUAGACGAAGUUCCACCUAUCUGGCCGCUCCCUCCCAAUAGCAAAAGUUCGGUUACGGAUCAUUCAUCCUUGAGGGCGCGUGAAGAGGCACAAAAUCCAACAAUGCACCUUCUCCCUGAAAUACAUCGCGAGCCUUCAAUAUCCAAUUAUACCAUCGGCAGCGGGGCUUCUUCCUCUCGUGGCGCCCGAGAAAGAGUGGUAUCUACACUUGAAGCUAUGGACCGAUCUACUGCGCAUAGUACAGUAGCUUCGGGGGGCAUCACUGAGGUAGAUACGCUUAUCGAAGAACUAGAUGCUUUUGAGCCGUAUAAGGUUAUUCGAUUGAAAGCCGAACCUCAUAAUAUGCCCCGAUGGAGCCCGCGGAAUACUGUUGGAGCAAACACACCUGCGUUGAGAGAAGCAUUACUUUCCGCGGUAGAUUCGGGAAAUCACAAACUGGUUGAACAGCUAUUAGAUCGAGGAGUUUCUCCCGACAGCAGUCCAGAGGCUCAUAUCCUAAAUCAGGCCAUCAUGCGUCACGACGCAGAAACUGUCCGUAUCCUGCUACUCUUUGGGGCCGAUCCAAAUGCUCCCGACAACCGCAAUAUGACACCUUUGCUUUUAGCUAUCGAAGAAUCUUUCAGAGAUGCUGUUAUAAUGCUACUCAAGUACGGAGCAGAUCCUAACCUUGCGGCCGGUCCGGAAUUCGAGACUCCUUUUGCCAUGUCUGUCGUAGAAGACAAAUCCGAUCUCACUCGCAUCCUCCUCACUUAUGGAGGUGAUGUUAAUCAUACUUUGACAAGUGGAGAUACCGCAUUAAUGGCAGCCAUAAUCAAGAAGAGGACGAAGAGGGUUAUUGAUAUGCUUCUUGAUUAUGGCUCUGAUGCCAACGUGAAAAACAGAGAAGGACACUGUCCCCUUUAUGAAGCUAUUCUAUCGAACCGCAUCGAAGUUGUGAUAAGCCUGCUAGACCACGGCGCCAACCCCAACCUCCCCGGACCAAAGCACAUGCUUUGGCCAGCAGCAGGACUGCCUCGAAUCCUCGAGCUGCUCCUAGCUCGUGGGGCUGACCCGAAAAAAGCCCCUGGAGUCAUGGAACUAGCGACAUCUAUCAACAACAUAGAAGCUGUCCGUGUACUGCUGAAGGCUGGAGUAGAUCCAAAUGCCAAGAAAGAUGGUAUUUAUACGCCGCUCUGCUCAUCUAUCCGCGACAACAGAACCGAUAUCUUUGAGCUUCUGCUCGCAAAUGGUGCAGGUCCGAAUGUGCCCAGCGCAGAAUAUCCUACGUUCAAGUGCGUCACGCAUUACCGGACGCAGUAUCUAGCACCUCUCGUAGCUGCCGGUGCCGAUCUCAACUCUCCAAAGGGUAUACUCGAGACCGCCGUCCAAUUUAAAAAUGUUGAAGCAUUAUACUGGUUAUUAGAUACUGGGAAAGUCAACCCUAACGACAAGGCACCCAAGACCGGUGCUACGCCGUUAACUACGGCAAUUCGCGAAAAUCGUGCCGACUUGGUGGACCUUCUACUAUCCCGUGGUGCCGACCCCAACGUCAGAGGAGAAAACUGGCCAGUAUGCAUGGCAGUACACCAGCCCACUAUCUUGAAGCGCCUGUUACCGGCGUUGGCGGAACCACGUGCUUUCAAGGGCGUGAUGGAGAUGGCUGUCGUAGCUAAUCAGCUAGAGAGCAUUAAAUUAUUACUCAAAGCUGGCGUAAGCGUAGAGGACCGAAACGGAGGUGUUUUCUCUCCGUUGACGACGGCCAUCCGCGAAGAUCGUAAGGAAAUAGUACACUACUUGCUGGAGGAAGCUGGCGCCGAUGUCAAUGCACCCGGCGAACAUCUUCCUAUAGUGAAGGCUCUACGACGACUUCACGGAGCUGAUACCGAAGUUAUCGAGUUGCUUCUAAAUCAUGGCGCCGACCCGAAUAAAAUAUAUCGCGGUCACAACGCCUAUAUUCAAGCUAUCGAGAACGGCGACGCAGAUAUACUUAAACUCCUCAUUAACAAAGCCGGCGUUGACCUCAACGCUAGGGAUGACUCCGGAAUGACGAUAACAGAGAUCGCAGAUCACCGAGGUUGGGAGGAAGGCCGUCAGAUACUACUGGGCGGAAGGGCACCUUGA